AUGGGAGUCUGUUUGACUGUCGCCUGCUAUCUCAUCACAUUCUCUCCCUCGGCAGCGCUGUUUUGUCGGUUCAUUGCUAAGGAUUCGCUUCGAAUCAUUCUCUUCGUUUUAGGGGCUUUCCUCUGGCUAGCUUCCUUGCUUCUAUGUUCUUUUAUCUGGUUAGCCUUGUCAAUGAUCUGGGAUGCCCUUCCGCUAGCUGUAGCAUGUUCCAUUCUUUUGCAAGAUGCUGCCCGAGUUUUCUACUUCUGGCUACUGAAGAAAGCGCAAAGAGGUCUCAACAAGAUCACGACUCCUGGUGCAUCUUCUAUAGCUCCUGGCGUUUCCGAUCUACACAACGCUAGGCACAUGCUUGCUUUGGUAUGUGGUCUCGGAAUGGGCGUAAUGGCUGCUUUGUUUCUAACUAUGAAUGUGUUCGCUGAAUUCGCUGGACCAGGAACAAUUGGCCUACCGCGAGCUGUUAGAGAGAACAAACGUAACGAGUAUUACGCUGGCCCAUAUCUUCCUCUUUACUAUGCUCUGACAGGUUGCCUAGCUAGCUUGUUUGGAGUGGUGUGGACAAUAAUGGUAAGAACUGUGAGAAAAACUUCUUUCUUUGAUAUUAGAUAUGUAUUCCCGCUGGCAUUGUUUCGUUCAGAGCUGCCUUUCAAUUUCUGUUACACUAUUCCAAUUUUUGUAAAGUCCCAUGUUACUGGUGAUUAG